UCUUCUCUCUCCGGGCUUGAGAAGAGAAGAGUUACAUCAGAUAUGGCUGACUAUUCGAACGUGGCUCCGCCGUCGGGAAAUGGCGCCGGAAUGAACGACGCUUUUAAAGACGCACUUCAGCGAGCUAGACAGAUCGCCGCUAAGAUUGGUGGUGACGGCGUACCCUCGGCACCCUCGGGUAACGAGUUUGGCUACGGAGGCCAGAAGCGGCCCCUAGAAGAUGCCGAUGACUGUUGGACCAGUCUAAACAGUAGAACCCAUCGGGAAGGGAUGAACUCUCCUUUCUCAGACCAACCAGAGACCAAGAAGGUGGCACCAAAUGACCCAUUCUCAGCAGCGAUGGGUAUGGGAGGAAUGGGAGGUGGUGGACCGAGAUCGUCAUCAGAGGAGUUCAAGGUUCCUGAUGGGAUGGUUGGAUUCAUUAUUGGAAGAGGAGGAGAACAGAUAUCCCGCAUGCAGCAAGAGUCUGGAUGCAAAAUCCAGAUUGCCCCCGACAGUGGAGGAAUGCCCGAUAGGUCAGUCACACUGACGGGAUCCCCAGACUCAAUACAGGCUGCCAAGAGGCUGCUGACGGAGAUCGUAGAUAAGGGUCGUCCUACUCCAGCCUUUCACCACAACGACGCCGGCGGCCCCGGUAUGUCUGUUCAGGAGAUGCUGGUCCCUGCCUCCAAGGCUGGCCUGGUCAUCGGGAAGGGAGGAGAGACCAUCAAACAGCUGCAGGAGAGAGCCGGGGUCAAAAUGGUGAUGAUCCAGGAAGGGCCUCAGAACACGGGAGCAGACAAACCUCUUCGCAUCUCUGGGGAACCUUUUAAAGUCCAGCAAGCCAAAGACAUGGUGAUGGAGCUGAUCAGAGAACAGGGCUUCAGGGAGCAGAGAGGAGAGUACGGCUCCAGGAUGGGUGGAGGCGGAGGAGGAGGAGGUGGAGGUGAGGGCCUGGAUGUUCCUGUCCCCAGGUUUGCGGUAGGAAUCGUGAUCGGGAGAAACGGAGAGAUGAUCAAGAAGAUCCAGAGCGACACAGGAGUCAGGAUCCAGUUCAAACCAGAUGACGGCAGUACCCCGGAGAGGAUAGCCCAGAUCGUGGGUCCUCCUGAACAGUCCCAGCAUGCAGCAGAGAUCAUCUCUGACCUUCUGAGGAGUGUCCAGCAGGGGGGGCCGGGCGGUCCUAACGGAGGGGGCAGGGGGAGAGGCAGGGGGGGUAACGGGGGGGGUAACUGGAACAUGGGUCCUCCUGGAGGAUUGCAGGAGUUUACCUUCACCGUCCCUACCAUGAAGACUGGACUCAUCAUCGGCAAAGGAGGAGAGACCAUCAAGGGCAUCAGCCAGCAGUCUGGGGCGCGUAUCGAGCUCCAGAGAAACCCUCCGCCCAACUCCGACCCCAACAUUAAAAUGUUCACCGUCCGAGGAUCACACCAACAGAUAGACUACGCACGGCAGCUGGUCGAGGAGAAGAUUGGGGGUCCAGUCAGUCCAAUGGGUGGUCCCCAAGGUCCUCCAGGCCCCCACGGAGGUCCGUCUCCCCACGGCCCCCCCGGCCCUCCUGGGCACCCUGCUCAGAUGGGUCCCUACAACCCCGGUCCCUACAACCAGGGACCACCAGGACCACAUGGUCCUCCCGCUCCCUACCAGCCUCAGGGUUGGGGCAACGGCUUCCCCCACUGGCAGCAAGGACAGCCUGAUCCUGGUAAAGCUGCAGCUGAUGCCAACGCAGCGGCCUGGGCAGCGUAUUACUCCCAGUACCAGCAGCAACCCCAGGCCCCCAUGACACCCACCGGCGGGGCCCCUGGCACCACACAGGCCAACGGGCAAGGUGACCCCAAGGGACCUGGGCAUACUGGGCAGGCCGAUUACUCCAAGGCCUGGGAGGAAUAUUACAAGAAAAUGGGGCAGCAAAGUCAGCAACCACAGGACUACACCAAGGCUUGGGAGGAGUACUACAAGAAACAAGGUCAAGCGGCCCCUCAGGCGGGAGCAGCACCAGGUGGUCAACCAGGUGGUCAGCCAGCCGGUCAACCGGACUAUAGUGCUGCCUGGGCGGAGUACUACCGCCAACAGGCUGCUUACUACGGACAGGGCAGCCCACAGGCUAUGGGGGCACAGCCACAAGCACCUCAGGGCCAGUAAUGUGAAGUGGACAUAAAGUAAAUGCGACAUUGUGGAAACAAAACCCUUUGUUAAAUGUGUUGGAUGGUGCAGAUGCCUUGAAGAUCUUAAUUUCCUCUUUGGUUGGUUGGUUUUCAAGUGUUUCACAAUAAUGUGAUGGCAGCAGUCUACCUGGAGACACAAACCCUUCAUCCUUUGCUAUCUUUUUGGGUUUUCUACUUUUUUUUUUUUCCCUUGUUAAAUGAACGGUUUUGGGUUUUUUAGUGAGGUAAUUAUAUGUUCAUUCCAGCCCCAUGUAUCUUCAUGCUAUGUGGUUCAAGAGCUCCUGUUAUUUAGCUAGUUUACCAUGGAUAAUCAUCUCCGUUUUUAAAUAAUAUGCCUGUUGUGUUUUGCAAUAAAACAAAGUGAAACCUCCUGUGUUGGUAAGUUGGGUUGGUAAUAGCUAUUACAGUAUGAACUCGACUUCAAAUCGUGUGUACCUUUUUUUUUGUUUUGUUUUACAAUGUUCAGUUUCUCUCCAACUCUACACAGCUCCUGGUAACUUAGUACAAUGUUUUUAGAUGUGUGUCUGUCGCUCUGCCUUGUUGACUGGGGGGGGGGUCCAGUUUCGGUGUUCCCCAAGGUUCUGUUUUAGGACCACUAUUGAAUAGAAUAAUUUACCUGUCUUUACUCUUGGUUAUAUUAGUCUGUUUUUCCCUUACCUCUCCGCCUGUAUUGUAGGACUAGACAGAUGUUUCUUAUACCAUAAUGUAGUAUUAGUGGCAUAAUGUUAUGAUACAUCUGGGACUCAUGCAUUACCUACAGUGUUCGGUUGUUGUGGCAUCUCUGUCAAACAACUGAUCGAAUCUUGUCUGUUGCGCUGACUGGCUGGCUGAGAAUCAAAUGGUACCCUAUUUCCUGUUUAGUGCACAAGGCUCCCCUUAAGCGCUUGUCAAAAGUAGUGCACUAUAUAGGGAAUAGGGUGUCGUCAUUGGCGACAUCCUGAAGCAGACUGAGGUAACUUUUAGUGUGCUGCAUUGUUUUAAUCAGAGUAACUUCCUCCUUCACAGCCAAGCUUAGACAAGCGGUAAGCAAAGCAAGUGUAUAUAUGAAAGAAAACAUUUUUAAUCCAAAAUGUUCCUCAGAAAAUGUGACUCUCACUGCAGAAAUGUUGCUUUAGUUUAUUAUUCGUAUUUUUUUUUUUGCUGCUCCCUCUGUCUCUUCCAGGACAGGGAAACUGACGUGUUCUGUUCUGCUGUAUUGCAUUGCAUUCAAACGUUUGUUUCUCCCCCCCCCCUAAAAUGUAUACAUUUUCUGGCCUUUUGAUACUAUAAAAAACGUGAAAUGCAAAAGUCGUAUUUUUAUUUUUGCUCUGCCCCAUGCAUUGUUCUGUUAGUUUACCCAACGGAAGAACAUAGGUUGUCUGUAGGGCCGAGGGGUGGUCUGAGCUGGUCUGAGCGGUACCAUCAGCCAACAGGGUUGACCUCUGACCUCCUACUCUGUAAGUACAAUACUGUGACUAUAUAAUAACAAACCCAGUUUGGCUGUCAAUGUAUUUCUUUGACUGAUGAUUACAAAACUUAUUGUUUCUGUCAAAUUGCAUAUUUUUUCCUUAAACAAAUACUGGGUAAGUAUCAAAAGUUAUGAUAAAGUACAGUAUCUUGGUAUUGUCAUUUAGAAAUUAUAAUCUUGUUUUUUUUUUGACCGUUUGGACAUAGAUUACAUUGAAUAUUGCAUUGUAGAUCUAGCUAGGCUCUGUUUUUUUUAGGUAGGAACGUGUUCUGUCAUAAUACCAGUCGGACUGUUCUGUUAGAACUCUGAUCUGAAGGAUCUGUUCCUUGCAAAAGCAGAAUUCUUUGCGCAGUGGUUCAUUUAGGAAUGUUAGAAAUCGUUAAAAAAGUGCUUGAUUUUUUUAGAUAACAAUAGUUUUUUUUCCUGAAGUGCCAUUGCUUAGCCAGAAUAGAGAUGUAAACUAUGACUUUAUUUCAUCAAUAUUUGAAAAAGAAAUGCCAUUUUAUAGUCUCAAGAAUUUAGUUACUACUAGAGAUGCAUAUUUUUCACUGCAGUAAUGGUGUGAUUCAGUCUGAAAUGUUCUAGUUUUCCCCCCCCUCAUAGUAGCAUUUUGAAGUUGUUUCUAUGCUGUUUAUUGAUGUCUCUUAUCAGCAUGUCGGGUUGUCAUUCAGUAGAAUGUUCUACAAGUGCUUCUGAUUUCUAAGUGAUGCAGUUAUUCUAUUGCUAUUGAGUACUGUUGUUUUCCGAAACAAAACCUAAGGCUGUUUUGAACUGAAAUGAGUGGCAAACGGUGCAGAUAUCAUAUGUGUGAGAUCUUUGCAGUAUCACUGUCAUCCCAGACCUUGACCCCUUAGGUUCUGCUGCGGUCACACAGGUAAGCGACCCUAAGGAAAACAGCUGUGUUCUGACCUAUGAUAUAUACACCCAGAUUGGGGAUCCAUUUAUACUCACCUGAAUUUGCCUGAUUAUAUUUCUGCUUACCCUGUGCUGUGUAGUAACACUAGCUGUGCUCCUGAUGUUAUUGAGCCAUGUCCAGGUAGGAUUCGUAGUGAUAUCAACAGCUGUUUUGUUCAUAGAGUAUAUUGACGAUAGUGCUGUGAUUUCGAUGGUGAUGAAUGAUUUGCAUGGUUCAACAUGAGUUGUGAUGGUUUGUUUUAGGAGCAGCAACGUUUCUCCCUCUUAGGCCAAUUGCAAUGUGGUUUGAUGGCUUUUCCCACCUGACUUAUCGUAGUAAAAUUUUGCCAAAAAAAAAAAGCGUUCUUUCUACAUGCUGUUUUUUUAAGUUCUCAUUUUCUGAGGUCAUUUUGUUGUUGUUGAUAUACACUACCAUGAGGCUAUUAUAACACAUAACUUGGUAAGUCUCUGCAGUGUGAUCUGUGAUGCAUAGAACUCGAGCCCUGUACUUUCACAUUACUAUAAUAUAAACAGUCAACUCGGGUCUCUCAUAAAGCCAGCCCUAUGUGCAUAUAUAUAUAUUUGCGUAUUAGUAAAGUCUACAAACGUUGAUGAAAGUACACCUGCAUAUGAUGCUCAUGCUGUUCAACUGACUCAUUGGUGAUGACUGAAAGCUGUGAACUUGAAUAUACAUUCUAUUAUAUUAUAUUGCCGCUGCCACAAUGCUGCAGUGCUGUAAUGGUGUUCUCAUAAAACCCUGCUGCCUGCCUCCCUCCACCUCUCACUCAGAUGCUGUUGGAAGCCAGAGAAGGUUCUAGAAGCCAGCGUAGGUUCUAGAUUCAGGAACAGGAACCUGUAAGUUUGUCCCUCCCGUAAAGGAGACUACUCUGAGAGGCAUCCUUUGAGGCUGAUGAUCAAGGUGUAGGUGACCAUUCGAGAGCGAACUCCAGAUAAGGUAAACAAACAAAGCAAAGCAAUGAAAUACAGAAUUGUGUGAUUUGCUCAAGUUUACCAUGCUGUUUGCUAGUUAGGGCUGUAAUUUUUAGUCCAGGUUUCCCUCGUCUCGUUGUUUAAAAAAAAAAAAAGUUAACAUGUCGUAGAAUUAUUGCAAAUUGUCUAACUGAACUGAUGUGUAGUGUUUCUCCACAUGUUUUCAUGAUGAUUCUAUUGAAUGCCUUCCUUUGCUAGCUCACCCGCUGGUUGUGUCCCAAAUAGAACCCUAUUCCAUAUAGUGCCCUGUAUGCUCUGGUCAAAAGUAGUGUACUAGAAAGACCAUAGGGUUCCAUUUGGGAUGCAAGCCACUGUCAUAACUAGGCAUUUUGUUGCAUAGUUGAAUCACCAAUGCGUGUGCCAUCAGGAUUCUAAAGUUACCCCAUUUUUGGUUGCAUAUGCUCCUAGAUAUUUUGUUGUGGGACCUGACAGGUUUUUAUUUUGGGUGCACCAGAGUGACCAGGGAAAUAAUCACCCAGAUAACAGUUAUACUUUUUUAUUUAACCUUUAUUUAACUAGGCAAGUCAGUUAAGAACAAAAAAAAUCUUAAAUACAAUGUCGGCCUAACCCGGACGACGCUGGGCCAAUUGUGCGCCGCCCUAUGAGACUCCCAAUCACGGCAGGUUGUGAUACAGCCUGGAAUCGAACCAGGGUCUGUAGUGACAUCUCCAGCGCCGAGAUGCAGUGCCUUAAGCCGCUGCGCCCCUCGGGAGCCCUAAACUGGCCAGUUGAUUCAGAGUGCCCUGGAGGAGAAAGCGAGUGCAGAUUCAUUCCAUCUAAAGAAUAAAGAAUAAAUCAGUGAUUUCUAUUAUUUGCACAUUUCUGGCGCCCUAACGGUAUGGCUGUCGGCUAAUUUGUGUAGCCAGGUAGUGAUGCCCAAAUAGUAAUUUCUAAAGGCUUUCCCAAUAACUUUCCAAAUUAAAUGUUAACUGCAACGUAGGAUUAACUGGCAUCGUGAUAUGUCAGGGUCUUUUGUUUUGGGAACUUUGCUAUUGCAUACAGUACAGAAACACCACCAGCCAAAAACCCUUUUCAGGUGCGCAAUUGAAAUUAAAGGGGAACUUUACAUAUAUAUUUUCUUCCCCAGACCUCUUAAGUGGGCUCCUGAUCUAGUGUAAGCAUUGCUGUGGACUAUCCUAUCCUAUUUAUUUUUGUGAUUGAGUGAACCUUAUAAAAUAAAGGGGGGGGAUCCCACACCUGGAAAAACUAAACCAAGAGGUAAAGAUUUUGGUGUCAUGGCAAAUGUAUUGGCUGGUAAAAAUAAAAACAUAUAGCUGUCAGUGGCUGGUAGAUUUUUUGUUGUUUUGGCGUAAAUCUUUUUUUUUUUAGGCCCUGUUCAUAAACCGGGUCGUGGGUCGUUCCAAAGCUGCUCUCUGGCAAAUCUUUUUUUUCUCAACAGUUUUGUUCAGUCAUGUUACGUCAACCUAGCUUGCUAACAACCUGGUUACUUGACCAAUAUAUCAAACAUCUGGGGGCACAGAGGGAGAGGACGGGAUAGCUUCUUCAUGAGACCAUCGAAUGAGUGACUUGCAUGUCUCAUCACUAACUUGAUGCUCUUUAGAGAGACAGUGUAGAAUUUAAUAAUCUCAAUAGGUAGUGCUUUGACACAAUGUAGAAACCUACUAUUCCAUAAAUGACUAAUUUCAAUGGAAGGUUUUUCAAUCAACAUUUUAUCUUUCUACGGGAUUUAAUAUUAGUUUCCAGAGCUCAACAUGUGCUUCAAAAGUAGCUAGAAUUAAUUUAAAGCCCAUUAUGCUACCUCAAACAAAAAUUUGAAUAUUCUGGUGCUCCUAUAUCAUUUUAAAUUAGGAGCACCAGUGCUACCACUUAAUUUAGACCACAGCUAGAGAUAGUUAGAUGAGAAGUAACCAGGAACUGCUGCUAUUGUGUUUUUCAACCAUUAUGGCAGGAAAUUGUAGUUGGCUAUUCUAGUUUCCACUUCGUUCAUUAGAACUCGCAUACCUCUGCUAGUGAUUUGCUAUUUUUGCGUUUUUUUCUUCUUCAUGAAUUAGUGUAAUCUGUGUGUUAGAUGCUCCAUCUCUGAGCAAAGUGUUUCAAGGAGUUUGGGGUGUAGUCUAGAAGACUAAAUCAGAAGGGAGAAAUAUGGAGCAUGCCUUAGAGGUAAACACAUUUAAACAUGUUUCUUGUGAUGCCUUAAUAUUAUCAAAUGUAUCUUUUUUGUUUGUUUGUUUCCUGUCUUUAUGAAAUGACUGUUCUGCGUCUUUGUUGCCCUGUCCAGUAAUAAAGUUGUAACAUUUA